ACGAUCUAGCAGGCGCAGGGUGAUGACGUACCGACUGGAAAAUGGAGAGAAAACACAUGUCUGCGUUUGCUUUGUAUCAAACGUUGUCAGUAGACUUGCCUCCUCCUGUUGAGAAGUCGUCCCUGCAGGUGGCAGCCAAGAAGAAAAAGAAAAAGGAGAAUGGGGUUGCAGCCACUAAGGUCAACACAGUUAAAUCUCAAAUGAAGGCUGACAGGAAGAAAAUGAAAAAGAAGGCCCUAAAGUGUGUAAAAAAAGAGGAGAGCCUUAAGAGAGUUACAGAACCACAGGAGGAAGAAGAGUGUGUAAAUGGAGACGGUGAGGCACUAGACGCUUUACUGGUCCAAUUGGCAGGAGUCAACAACAGCAGGGAGAGAGCGAGCCAACUUUUCCAGUGGCUCAUCGCUCCGGUUCCUGCCAAGGUCUUCUUCAGGGAAACUUGGGAAAAGAAGCCCAUUCUUGUUCAACGUAAAAAUCCACAUUACUACAAGGGACUGUUCUCCACAGCGGAGUUUGAUCGCAUUCUUAGACAGGAGGAUGUUCAGUAUGGAGUCAACCUGGAUGUCACAAGCUACACUAACGGCAAGAGGGAGACGCACAAUCCUCCAGGGAGAGCUCUGCCCUUCACUGUAUGGGACUUCUAUGAGAGUGGCUGCUCCCUCCGCAUGCUGAAUCCUCAGGCUUUCUCCUCCACCGUGUGGAACGUGCUGUCCAUCCUUCAAGAGCAGUUUGGCAGCAUGGCUGGGGCCAAUGUAUACCUGACACCUCCUGGAACACAGGGAUUUGCUCCACAUUAUGACGACAUUGAGGCAUUUGUGGUUCAGUUGGAGGGAAAGAAACAUUGGAGAGUGUACAACCCCAGGACAGAAGAUGAAGUCUUGCCCGUGUUUUCAAGUCCGAACUAUGAUCAGGCAGAGAUCGGGAAGCCCAUCCUGGAAGUGGUGCUGGAAGCAGGUGAUCUCCUCUACUUUCCCAGAGGAUUCAUCCAUCAGGGCGACUGCCUCCCAGACUGUCACUCCCUGCACAUCACCAUCUCCUCUUACCAGAAGAACAGCUGGGGAGAUCUGCUACAGAAGGUGGUUCCAGCAGCACUGGAAAUAGCAAUGGAGGAGAAUGUGGAGUUCAGACAGGGUUUACCUCUGGAUUACCUGACAUACAUGGGAGUACAGAAUUCUGACAAGGAUGAUCCACGCAGGACAAAGUUCUUCUCAAAAAUUGAGAACCUGAUGAAGAAGCUUACAAAUUACGCCCCGAUAGACGCUGCUGUGGAUCAGAAAGCCAGAGACUUCCUUCAUGACUGCCUGCCUCCAGUGCUCACUCCAGAGGAAUUAGCCAGCAGCGUGCAAGGAGCACCUGCUAGGUGGGAGCGUGGGAAGAUUAUGGAUGUAGGUGCACAUAUCACAAGCCAGACCCGAGUCAGACUCCUCCGCGCUGGUUGUGCCAGGUUAUGCAGUGAUGGAGACACUGUUCAUCUUUACUACACCACAGACAACUCCAGAGUUUUCCACAAAGAGGAGCUCAAGAGUUUCGAAAUAAAGCCAGAGCAUACAGAUGCCAUAGAGUUCCUUAUCAAUUCAUAUCCCAAAUUUGUGAGUGUAGGAAGCUUCCCCUGUGAUUUUUCAGAGGACAGGAUCUCUUUGGCUGAGCUGCUUUUUGAGAGGGGGAUUAUCCACACUGCAACGCCUCUGUAGUGGCCACGCACUCUUCAGUUGUCCUGACUGCAUGAAUGGAUUCAAACUGUCUUUGUACAAAAUAAGAUCUUUCUGCUAAACACUUCUUGUCCCAAGUUGUCUUCAUUAGCUGUACUGAAGUGAUCAUGCUGAAUGAGUCAUUUAUGAAUUUUCUUCCCGUUCAGCAUCAAAAUAAACCUGUUUUUUAAAAAAUGAAA